AUGGCACCACGCACAAUGGCUAACGCUGUGACAGAGCCAGUUAGGCUUAGUCCCGAGCAGCACAGCAUUUACACCAGGCACAAGCGCAGGCUCCGAAUUGUCCGCGAAUGGCUUGUGAACAAUGCGUCUCGCAAGGCGCGGAAAAGCACUGGCAUCUUCUUAGGAUCCUCGCAGCCGAAGCCGAAUGAGAGAACGAACGACAACCCUCUCGACGGAGCUAUUUGUCUGCGGCCAAGCCAGUACCUGCCGCUUGCACAUGAUAUUGUGCGAGAUUCCGGAAAAGCACUCGUUCCAGCACCAAUCAUCGAUGCUAUCAGCACAGUCAUUCGCUUCCGACGUGUGUGCUGCUCUUGGUUCUCGCAUAGCACUGAUCCAGAGACUGUCAGAUCCAAUGAGUCCCACCUCGCCUUUGUACGUAUCCUAGAGCAGACUCUUGCCACCCUCUCACCUUUCCGCGAGGUCGUCGACAACCCAGCAGAAGUCAACAACGAAGAAGGAGACGAGAUCGAGUUCUUCAAGAACAAAUUUGAGUCUCUCACAGUCUCGGAUGACAGAAGCACAAAUCCCAUCAAAGACUCCAGUGAGGUCGAACCGCGAGGUCUCGCAGUUUCCCGUGAAAGAAGUACGGAUCUCAUCAAAGACCCAGGUCAAGUCGAUCAGCGAGCUCUCGCAUCCUCAGACAACUCAAGUCCGAGUCCCCUCGGAGGGUCCGGCAAAGUCGAACCUCAGACUGAAGCAACCAGGCUGUGGACCCCUUCAGCGACGACAAUCAGCUGCCUCCGAAGAUCAGGCAAAGCUAUCGAAGAGUCUGCGCGGCUAAUUACGACUUCCGAGAACGCCAACGUCGCUUCGACUUUCGACUUGCCGAAAUGGUACGAUGUGGCCUACGGAUUAGUGUGGAAAGCACGUGCACGUAUCUUCCAGCACGAUCUUACACCUGAUGCGAAGAUGAAGCUCCAAGAUUUUGGGGAGAAAAUCCGACACGGCGAUAUUACGUGCGAUCUCAUCGACAGCGAGGAGGUGUUUCUUGACCGCAAAAACGUUCAAAUACAGGCUCCCCCAUUGACCUUGACCGGCAGAGACCAUACACACAGAAUGCUCGUACCACGAUCUGUCUCGACCCUUCAGGUAGCCUCAAGUCCACCAAUGCAUGACGUGGACAUGGUCGCGGAUCUGGAUGCGAUAUUCAAAGACGGCCUAUCAUACUGCAACGACAAAUACUGUUGUCAUACGGUACAUGAAGACCUCGUGCUUGGGGAGCUUCGCUACGCUGUACGUUCCAACAGACCAAGACUGGCUACAGCGUUUGCCGUCGCUGCCUUCGCCGACAUUCGAAAGCUCGAUAUCCCCUCUGCGCCUUGUCUGGAAGCGGUUGACAAAGCUGCCGAAGCGGCCGAAAUCACAGAAAUGACCGUAUACGCCCAGAGGGCUCACAUGAAUCACCUUCAAGAUCACAAAGAGAUGAAUGGUCACCGCCUAUAUUCCCUGGAGUACGUCGAGCUCACACGCAAUCUGCGAUCAAACAGGAGGCAAGGGCAAGUCGAGAUUCACCAAGACCCGCAGGCCGGACUCCAUGGCUCUCUUGCCGUUCAGAAGAAGAUUCGAAGCUUUUUGUCACAAAGCCCUCUCGCCUGUGGCUCCCUGUCUUUCCGACUUCAGCAAGAUCGGCUGCACCGUAUAAUCAAGCAGGUUGAUGGCUCCUUCGUCAUCCGGGCCUGUCUACAUUUUUACAAUGCAGCACUGCAGCGUGGAGAUUUCAAAGAUGUAUGGCAUGACAUGGAGUACGUGAUUGAGGCGAUCGGUACGAAGAUUGUGUUUCUGGGUGACCGACCACGAACCCUUGAACAGUGUCUCAGCGUAUGUCGUCUGACAGUGAACCUGGAUGUUCCACUUGGUGAUGUCUACACUGGUAGACGCUACAUGCCUCGGCAGAAGAAGGAGCCUAAGGGGCUGUUCGAGCCGCGAGCCGUUCCUUUCUGCAUUAUGGCUGCGAGAGUUGACGAAGAUGAGCGCGGACUCGGUAUCAGUGACAUUCGUGGACAGCUCGACAUCGUCAUGCGUGCACUGGUGAAGGACCCCAACGUCGACGUCGAGGUGAUCUCUGACACAGAUAUUGUUCUACAGAAUCAGCCAUUUCUGGAGCAGCAAGCGCGGCGCCACAGAACCGCUGAUGCCGUGCAGCUCCUCGACGCCGCGGCAGCGCGUCUACGGCUUGAAUACAAACAUUUCGCUGAUGGCUUCGACUGGCUCCGCUUGGAAGCAAUCUGUCUGUCGCUUCUUCGCAAACUACAACUGCGUUACAAGAUUGAGGCUCUGGACGAACUGAUUGGCGUUAGUGACGCGAUGGCUAACAUGUACGAAUACCAGUCGUGGAAUUAUACGCUCAUGUUUGCGCUGGUGCAGCUUGCCGCUGCGGAUGAUGGCCGAUACAAGCAAUACCGCGAUCGUGUCAAGAAGAUGGGUGGGUCUUGGAAAGACGCGGAGGAGGCCUCGAAAACGUUGGAGGAGGACGCAAAGAUUGGCUGUCUUCCAUAUGAGACGAGCGUUGGUGUCAUGGCGGAGGUCAUUGCUCAGCAUGGGAGCGACGCCUCGAGGAACUGUCCGAAGUCCAAGAUCUGA